GUGAAUGUCCGAUCCAGGAGGGUGAUGAGAGAGCGAGAAGGGGGCAUGUGUCCAACAGGGAGGCUGUGUUGCAAAGAAAACAGGGGGGGCAUGUGUCCAACAGGGAGGCUGUGUUGCAAAGAAAACAGGGGGCUCCAUUUGGUUUCCAUUACCUACUUUUCUUUUCUAAUCCACCCGGGGAAUAGGAUCGCUUUAUUCUCUUCUCUAUCUGCCUGCACUCACAUACAUUUUUAUAUUCUAAUAAUAAUAAACAAGGAAAUAAGUCACUCUCAUGAUCUCAUCCUACCACACACACACUGAGUGAACCGUAGAUGCUCUUAUCUGCAUCUCAAACCCAUCUCUGAAUCAAUCUUCUUUCUUACAUUUCUAUGAUCAAUCUCUGAAUCAUUCUUCUUUCAGUAAUUUCUUACAAUGAGUGGAGCUGUUAUUGUUGCUAUUGCCGCUGCUAUCGGUAAUUUACUUCAAGGAUGGGAUAAUGCUACUAUUGCAGGAUCUAUUUUAUACAUAAAGAAGGAAUUUCAUUUAGAAAGUGAACCCACCGUGGAAGGUCUUAUUGUCGCUAUGUCACUUAUUGGAGCCACCGUCGUUACUACAUGCUCCGGUGCCCUAUCAGACUUGCUUGGACGACGCCCCAUGUUGAUUAUCUCCUCCCUCCUUUAUUUUCUCAGUUCUCUUGUCAUGUUUUGGUCUCCAAAUGUUUAUAUACUCCUCUUUGCAAGACUUUUAGAUGGUCUCGGUAUUGGUUUGGCUGUUACCUUGGUACCUCUUUAUAUAUCCGAGAUUGCUCCUCCUGAGACCAGGGGAUUACUCAAUACACUUCCACAGUUCACUGGUUCUGCUGGUAUGUUUUUCUCCUACUGUAUGGUCUUUGGGAUGUCACUCACCAAAUCUCCAAGCUGGAGACUCAUGUUGGGCGUUCUUUCAAUCCCCUCUCUUUUUUAUUUUGCACUCACCAUCUUCUUAUUGCCCGAGUCUCCAAGAUGGCUUGUCAGUAAAGGAAGAAUGCUUGAGGCUAAAAAAGUUUUGCAGGGCCUUCGUGGAUGCCAAGAUGUUGCCGGUGAGAUGGCUUUAUUGGUGGAGGGUCUUGGAAACGGGGGUGAUACAUCCAUAGAAGAGUACAUAAUUGGUCCGGCCAAUGAAUUAGCGGAUGAAGAGGAUCCAUCAAAGGCUAAAGAUCAGAUCAAGUUGUAUGGGGCUGAACAGGGUCAGUCCUGGGUUGCCAGACCUGUCACUGGACAGGGUUCCAUUGCCCAAAUAUCUAGAUUUGGAAGCAUGGCAAAUCCAAGUGGUCUAGUGGACCCUUUGGUGACCCUAUUUGGUAGUGUCCAUGAGAAGGUCCCAGAAAAUGGAAGAAUGGGGAGCUCUCUUUUUCCACACUUUGGAAGCAUGUUCAGUGUUGGGGGAAAUCAGCCUAAGAAUGAAGAUUGGGAUGAAGAAAGCCUUGCUAGAGAGGGUGAUGACUAUAUAUCGGAUGCUGCUGCCGGUGAUUCUGAUGACAAUUUGCAUAGUCCAUUGAUCUCACGUCAAGCAACUAGUAUGGAUAAGGACCUGCCUCAUCAGGCACAUGGUAGCCUUGCAAACAUCAGGCAAAGUAGUCUCCUACAAGGGAAUGGAGGAGAGCCUGUUGGUAGUGCUGGAAUUGGUGGUGGUUGGCAGCUAGCUUGGAAAUGGUCUGAACAAGAAGGCCCAGAUGGAAAGAAGGAAGGUGGUUUCAAGAGAAUAUAUUUACACCAAGAGGGUGGUACUGGAUCUAGACGUGGCUCUGUGAUUUCACUUGGUGGUGAUUUGCCAACAGAUGGUGAUGCUGUACAGACUGCUGCUCUAGUGAGUCAACCAGCUCUUUAUAACAAGGACCUCAUGCAUCACCAGCCAGUUGGACCUGCUAUGAUUCAUCCAGCUGAAACAGCUGCAAAAGGGCCAAGUUGGAAUGAUCUUUUUGAACCGGGGGUGAAACAUGCAUUGUUUGUAGGGGUGGGACUUCAAAUUCUUCAGCAGUUCUCCGGUAUAAAUGGAGUCCUCUACUAUACACCACAAAUUCUUGAGCAGGCAGGUGUUGGUUUUCUUCUUUCAAACCUGGGCCUUAGUUCUACUUCAUCGUCUUUUCUAAUUAGUGCAGUGACAACCUUGCUGAUGCUUCCUUGUAUAGCUAUUGCCAUGAGGCUCAUGGAUAUUUCUGGCAGAAGGACUUUGCUGCUCACUACAAUCCCCAUCUUGAUAGUAGCUCUUCUUAUCUUAGUCCUAGGGAGUCUUGUGGAUUUGGGCAGCACUGCAAAUGCAUCAAUCUCAACCGUCAGUGUUGUUGUUUAUUUCUGUUUCUUUGUCAUGGGAUUUGGGCCAGUUCCCAAUAUUCUUUGUGCUGAGAUCUUCCCAACUCGAGUCCGUGGUCUCUGCAUUGCCAUAUGUGCUCUUACCUUUUGGAUAUGUGAUAUCAUUGUCACCUAUUCACUCCCAGUUAUGCUGAAUUCUAUAGGCCUCGGUGGUGUGUUUGGUUUGUAUGCAAUCGUGUGCUUCAUAGCUUGGGUGUUUGUCUUCUUGAAAGUUCCAGAAACCAAAGGCAUGCCACUGGAAGUGAUCAUUGAGUUCUUCUCUGUCGGAGCAAAACAGGCUGAGGCAGCCAAUCAUAACUGACUGAAGGGUAUGAUAAAUUGGAAGUUUUGACUGUACCUUUUAAUUGUUUUCAAUCUACAGUUUUGUUUAAUUUUUUUUCUUUUCGGUUUAUCUUUUCUAUUAAUAUUUUAUUUUUGUGGGCUGAUAUUGAGGAACAUGAAACUCUGUUUCUGUAAAAAAAGAAAAAAAGAAGUUAAUUUUUCUGAUUUAUUUA